AUGGCGGACUUGCAAAGUACUCCCAUAGAGUCCCCAUACCAUACAACAACCCUGCCAGAAUCGUUCCAUAAGUCGCACGAUUCCGCUCACGCCUAUCCUGAAGUAUAUCACCCGCCGCAGACGUAUGAGGACUUCCCUGAACCACUUCCUGAUGGCCGAUACAUGUCACCCCGCAAACCAGUAUACGAAGCGGAUCCAGAUCCAGAUUUAUCCAAGAGAGAGAAUGACCCGAACGCAGUGCCUGACAAAGAGAUUGAAACCCGCCAAAUUUGUGGUUUGCGUAGGAAGGUAUUUUUCAUCGUGCUAGCAGUCGUCCUGCUCGUGGCUGCCAUCGUCGGAGGUGUUGUCGGCGGCGUACUAGGAACACGUCACAACUCUAGUUCAUCAACUGACCAAAAUGCGGCCAGCCCAGGUGAUUCGUCUUUGGUCUCGCCAAGCUCGAGUGCUUCAUCUGCAGCGCCGUCGAGCACAAGCGGCGUCAAUGGGACGCCAGAGACCAACACAACGGUUGCAGCGCCGAGCCCGAUACGUGCAAUUGCAGUCGCGGAAGCUGAGGUGACCAUGUUCAAGGUGUGGCAGACAACCGAUAAGAAUAUCCAUAUGGCUGGCUACUACAAUGUGCCAGCGCUCUCUGCGGAUGCUUUCGAACUAAAUUUGGAUUUCCCUGCAGUCAAUAAUACGCCAAUUGCUGCUCUGACGUGGAAAUAUAACGAUUAUUUUGAAAUCAGAAUCCAAUACACUGCAGAGGGACAGAGUAGUCUCGGUAGUCUCAACUUCCGAUGCUAUGAGAACGGCACUUUGUGUACUGAACCUUUGAACGGUCUGAACAGUGCAAUUCCAGCGCCCAUCGUGGGAGCAGGUGUAGCACUUGUGACUCCCGAACUCAACCAUCUGCGCUCAUACUAUAUCGGUAGCGAUGGCUUAGUCCUAGAGGCUAAGUACACCCCCGAACCGGGGUGGGUAUCUCCUAUACCUAUCAGCAAUGGGGCAAAGGCUCACAUUGCGUCACCUCUUGGUGUGACCAUGGUCAAAGAUGAGAUAUGGCUCUUUUGGUUCUCUAAUCAGAAGCAAUUGCAGUAUGCUACUUCGACCUACACGGGCUCAACGUGGUCAGUAGUGCAAAACAUUUCCGCAACCAUCCCAGAAGAGCUGCCUCGCUCUAUUGGCGUAGUACGCUCUGAUGCACCUGAUGUCACACAAGUCUUCUAUCUCGAUGGCACCGAAAUGCAACAGGUGCAAUACUCGAACAACGUGUGGUCGAUCAGCGCUCUCGGUUCAUCAAUGCCUAGCUCAAGUAUAUCCAAUGGACCACUGGGAGCCGCAGGUUGGGAUAAUACUGCCACGCGGCUGUAUUUUGUCAUUGACGGCAGUAUCCAAUCAGUCGCUUCCGAGUCUGUCUAUGGGCAAUGGCAACUUGGCACCAAACCGCUUGAUUAUUAUGGAACUAACUAA